AUGAUGGAUGAAAGGGACCCAUCUACGCUGUUGGACCUUGCUAUACAGAGUCUACUGAGCAAUGAACCUGUUGCAAUUCAUUCCCUCGGGGAGAUCCCCAAAGAGCUUUUUGUUCCAUUGUUCUCUGCUGCCUUCAUGGGAGGAUAUAGGAAGACACUGACAGAAAUGGUGAAGGUUUGGCCCUUUGCCUGUCUCCACAUUGGAACAUUGAGUGUACAGGAACCUCAACGGGAACUCCUAAAAGCCAUGGUUGAGAGUCUUCAGUUCCUACCUGUCCAGAACUCGGCUGCUAGGAGCCCUAAACUGAGGAUCCUGGAUGUAAGGCAGGGUGUUGACUGCAGGACAACAUGCCCUGAAUUUGGAAUCAGAUCGCCUACUUGUUUUCAUGGCUGUACUCACUCUGUACGCUCUAUUCUGAAGUUAGAAAGCCAGUGCAGUGUUGUCAAUUCAAAGCCUAAGAGUCAAUCCUCAAGGCAGUCUAUGGAAAUACUAGUGGACCUAUCCCUCGAUGGCACCUUGAGAGAAAGGGAAUUUUUUGCUUUGCUUCUGAAUAAAGUUGAACAGAGUUCAGGGUCAUUACACCUCUGCUGUCGAGAUUUGCAAAUUGAUAAAUUUUCUUAUGCCAGAAACACUCUGAAGUUUUUAGAUCUGACAUGCAUUCAUAACCUGGCAGUUGAUCAGGCUUCACUGAGUGAAGUUACCACCAUUUUGGCUCACAUGAUCUAUCUGGACAGCCUUAGUCUGUCUAAAAUCACUUUUAGGUCUUUGCAUGGGAAAGUCUUCCAAAUGUUUCUCAACUGUCUUAGGCAGAUGAACUGCCUGAAAGAGUUCAACUUGUCUUCCGUCAGCCUCACAGAUCAUCUGGCCAGCCUACUCAGAGCCUUACCACCUGAUUUGGACUUCUUGUAUCUGCCAUUCUGUGAAAUUUCUUACAGAGAUCUCAAAUUUCUGUCCCAGAGCUCUCAGGCCACCCACCUCAAGCUGUUGAAUCUUAGUAACAAUGCAAUGUUUUGGGAUGAUAGUGGGCCUUUUCAGAUUCUUUUGCAGAAACUCUCAGACACCUUGCAGCAUUUGGCUAUAAAUCAUUGCCAUUUAACAGAUGCUACACUCUCUGCUAUCCUUCCAGCCCUAAGUAAGUGUUCCCAUCUCCGUGUGAUUAGCUUUGUCUCUAACCCCAUUUCGAUGCCUAUGCUUAUGAGAAUCCUUCAUUACUUAACACCUUUGAUGGAGUUGAAAUACGUGAUUUACCCUAUCCCUGUACAUUGUUAUGAACAAUGGCGUUUUCAUGGUAGCUUAGACCGACAGAAGCUUGCUGAUGUCCAAGCACAACUGAAGGCAAUGCUACAGGCAGCAAAGCGGAGUGACAUGAACUGGAUCACUUAUUCUCAGUAA